AUGAUUGCAGAAUUGCAAAGUAACAUUGACCAGACUUUGAUGAGGGCAGAGGCCCAAAAAGAAAAACACAAGAGAAUGUAUCCUUUUGCAAAAGAAACAUUCGUCUCGAAAAAGAGAAGAGUGAAAGAAAAUAAAGCAAAAGCUAGGAAGCGACGCCGUGAAAGAGCAGAGAAAAAUUGUGAGAGAGUGUUCUCCGCAAUCAGUCACUCAUCAUCUUAUGGUGAAGUUAUAACCUCCGAUCAUUGUAGUGUGAUAGGCCUUAACAACUUAACAAAGAGAGAUGGUAGGUGGUUAAAACUAUAA